AUGACCAAGUGGCUGAACAACAUCUGGCCGGCAAACCAGAUUGUGGAGAACAUGAAGGAGACUGCGAUCCAGAGGGCUCAGUGGACCAGACAGAAUGGUGCGAAGACAGUCGAGAUAGUCCAAGAGUAUCCGCGUCUGCUGGAUACUCCGGGCAUGGUGGGUUACAUGUUUUAGAAAAACAUUAGACGACUUGAAUUUGAUUCUGUUUGCUGUGAUUAACUAGCCUGGCUGAUGCGACCCACGUGACUCACAGUGCAGGGAGAGCUGUGACUAGGGCUGUGGCGUUCAUUACAUUUUGUCAGCCAGUGCAAAUAACUGCAGGUCUCAUGGUAAUUGACCAUUAAUUAACAUAAACACAUUUAGCAUCUCCUGGCUUCCACGCAUAGCCUACAAGCCACUGAUGCAGAAUACAUUUUAAAAAGUAUAAUAAUCCAUGUAAUAUAGCCUACACCAUUUAGACAGGUGUAGUAUGAAGAAAAAAAAAUGUAUGCACUCACGAACUGUAAGUUGCUCAGGAUAAGAGUGUCUGCUAACUGACUAAAAUGUAAAAUGUAAAUGUAAAAAUAGUUCCGAACUGGGUUUGAUUGAGGUUUUAUUGCUUUAAUGAUUAAACAUUUAGUUAAUUAUCCUUUAAACUUCCAUUGGUUAAUCUAUUGAUCAGUUAUCACUUGGCUCAUGUAAAUAAUUCUGUACUUGUCCCUUGAAAAAUCUUAAGGUCAACAUCCCCAUAGCGUUCACAUUUCUCUCAUGUAAAUGUUGUAGCUACAUAAAAAGAUUAAACAAUUUCCAGUCUUUAUUAUUUUCUUCAUUACCAUGCUGAUGAUUUCAAGUUGUAUUGGAUUUAUUUGUAUCUGUUAAAGACAUUGAAUACAUUUGUUUAGUAUAUUUACUACACUUAGUAUGUUUAGUUUUUCUUUACAUUUACAUUACAUUUACGUCAUUUAGCAGACGCUCUUAUCCAGAGUGACUUACAAAUUGGUGCAUUCACCUUAUGAAAGCUAGAGGGACAACCACUUUACACUUAUUUUUAUCUUUAUUUUUUUUUAAUCUUUAUUUUUAAUUUUAAUUUGUUUUAUAUUGAUAUUUUUUUUUUUUUUUUUUUUUUUUUUAUCCUAUAUAUAUAUAUAUUUUUUUUUGUGUCUGAAUACAAUGUUUUUUAACACACAAUAACCAAAAACCUGAUCUAAUUUGCAUAUUCAUACUGAGUUUCCCAGAAUAGUUUGCCAGAAGUUCUCAAGUUGCCGCAAAUUUACCACAACAGUUUGCCACAAAACGAAUUUGCAGGUGAAAAUAUGAGCUUGCCGCAAAUUUGCGUCAAAUUGGCCAAAGGUUUGCCACAACUGUUUGCCAGAAGCCCGUUUUUUUGGUAAGGGAGGAGCCAGGCUCACUACACUGUGAUAUAAUCGUUUAAUCGUCGUUGAACUUCUGAGCGUGUUUAAAGUACAGUGGGGAAAAAAAGUAUUUAGUCAGCCACCAAUUGUGCAAGUUCUCCCACUUAAAAAGAUGAGAGAGGCCUGUAAUUUUCAUCAUAGGUAAACGUCAACUAUGACAGACAAAAUGAGGAAAACAAAAACCUGAAAAUCACAUUGUAGGAUUUGUAAUGAAUUUAUUUGCAAAUGAUGGUGGAAAAUAAGUAUUUGGUCAAUAACAAAAGUUUCUCAAUACUUUGUUAUAUACCCUUUGUUGGCAAUGACACAGGUCAAACGUUUUCUGUAAGUCUUCACAAGGUUUUCACACACUGUUGCUGGUAUUUUGGCCCAUUCCUCCAUGCAGAUCUCCUCUAGAGCAGUGAUGUUUUGGGGCUGUCGCUGGGCAACACGGACUUUCAACUCCCUCCAAAGACUUUCUAUGGGGUUGAGAUCUGGAGACUGGCUAGGCCACUCCAGGACUUUGAAAUGCUUCUUACGAAGCCACUCCUUCGUUGCCCGGGCGGUGUGUUUGGGAUCAUUGUCAUGCUGAAAGACCCAGCCACGUUUCAUCUUCAAUGCCCUUGCUGAUGGAAGGAGGUUUUCACUCAAAAUCUCACGAUACAUGGCCCCAUUCAUUCUUUCCUUUACACGGAUCAGUCGUCCUGGUCCCUUUGCAGAAAAACAGCCCCAAAGCAUGAUGUUUCCACCCCCAUGCCUCACAGUAGGUAUGGUGUUCUUUGGAUGCAACUCAGCAUUCUUUGUCCUCCAAACACGACGAGUUGAGUUUUUACCAAAAAGUUCUAUUUUGGUUUCAUCUGACCAUAUGACAUUCUCCCAAUCCUCUUCUGGAUCAUCCAAAUGCACUCUAGCAAACUUCAGACGGGCCUGGACAUGUACUGGCUUAAGCAGGGGGACACAUCUGGCACUGCAGGAUUUGAGUCCGUGGCGGCGUAGUGUGUUACUGAUGGUAGGCUUUGUUACUUUGGUCCCAGCUCUCUGCAGGUCAUUCACAAUGUCCCCCUGUGUGGUUCUGGGAUUUUUGCUCACCGUUCUUGUGAUCAUUUUGACCGCACGGGGUGAGAUUAUCAAUGGUCUUGUAUGUCUUCCAUUUCCUAAUAAUUGCUCCCACAGUUGCUUUCUUCAAACCAAGCUGCUUACCUAUUGCAGAUUCAGUCUUCCCAGCCUGGUGCAGGUCUACAAUUUUGUUUCUGGUGUCCUUUGACAGCUCUUUGGUCUUGGCCAUAGUGGAGUUUGGAGUGUGACUGUUUGAGGUUGGGGACAGGUGUCUUUUAUACUGAUAACAAGUUCAAACAGGUGCCAUUAAUACAGGUAACGAGUGGAGGACAGAGGAGCCUCUUAAAGAAGAAGUUACAGGUCUGUGAGAGCCAGAAAUCUUGCUUGUUUGUAGGUGACCAAAUACUUAUUUUCCACCAUAAUUUGCAAAUAAAUUCAUAAAAAAUCCUACAAUGUGAUUUUCUGGAUGUUUUAAAAUCAAUUUGUCUGUCAUAGUUGACGUGUACCUAUGAUGAAAAUUACAGGCCUCUCUCAUCUUUUGAAGUGGGAGAACUUGCACAAUUGGUGGCUGACUAAAUACCUUUUUCCCCCACUGUAGCUUUGAAUAGCAGAUCGUGCCGUUUGACUUCUGUUAAAGACGCUCUCAUGAAAAAGUGUACUAUCAAGUCCACAUGUUUACAAAACUUGAUAGGCUGAUGAGGAAAUUGUUACAGGAAAUAAUUACUGACACCUGGUGUGCCAGGUUAUCUGAUGGGACCAGCUACAAUGUAGCGUUCUAUCACGUGACACUACAUCAACGAUUUUAAUUGGCUGAGGCUUAAACUUAAUCUUGAACUUUUUCUUAUGUUCGAAAGUAUGGCCCCCUGGAGUUUGUUAAACAGCACUGACACUUGGAACCAGCGCUAUGGUUAGAUGGCAUGAAAAUAGAGCUCUUUGGCCAAGUACACCAGUGGUGGGUGUGGCAUUGAAAUAAGGACGCAUAAGCAGAAAAUAACCCCAUACCUACUGUAAAAUAUGGUUGUGGAUCUUUAAUCUUAUGGGGCUAUUUUACUUCCACUGGUCCUGGGGCCCUUGUUAAGGUCAACGGCAUCAUGAACUUUACCCAGUAUCAGGUCAUUUUAGACAAAAACCUGGUUGCUUCUGCCAGGAGAAUGAAACUUUGCUGCAAGUGGAUCUUCUAGCAUAAAUAAACAAUUGAAUCCAUUUUAGAACAAGGCUGUAAGGUAGCAAAUUGUGGAAAAAGUAAAGGGGUCUGAAUACUUUCCGAAUGCAGUGUAUGUACCCCUAUCCAAAGAGAGACAGAUAUGGUGCUAGGAGCUGUACUGUAGAGAUUCACUAGGUGUUUUACAUAGGUACCUGUAGGCUGUUGUGUUGUAGAUUCUGCAUGCUCCUCUUUCUCCGUAUUUUGUGUUUCCCACUACAAACAGGUUGUGUCUAUGAUGGCUCUGAAGUAG